AUGCUAAGUACAUCCGCAAUUUGGCAUCAGGGCGCUGGGCGCUAUCUUGAAUUCGAUGAAAAAGAAAAACCUCUUGUACUGCAGCUAGGUGGUUAUAACCUAAAAGAAUUUGUAUAUGCAGCAAAAAUUGCAGAGGACAUGGGCUAUAACGAGAUAAACAUAAAUGCUGGUUGCCCAAGUGAUAGAGUUCAUAGAGGAAAAUUCGGCGUCUGCCUUAUGGCGGAUAUAGAUCAUAUGAGCUCCUUAAUAGAAGGUAUGACUCAAGCGCUCACGGUACCAGUAACAGUAAAGUGCAGAAUAGGUCUAGACGGAAGACGCUUUAGUCUUCCUCUCUAUGAUAGUUACGAAUACCUAUGUAAGUUUAUAGCGGCAGUUUCGGAUGCAGGGGCUCGCCGUGUUAUUAUUCAUGCUCGUAUUGCUGUAUUGGGGUUACUUAAUCCCAAGCAAAAUAGGGAUAUACCCCCACUUCGCUAUGAUGUAGUGCAUGCUGUAGCAAGACAGUUCCCACAUGUUUCUAUAGAGAUAAAUGGAGGUAUAAAGAACCUUGCUGAUUCUGCAGAGCAACUACAGCACGUAGAUGCUGUCAUGGUAGGACGGGCAGCACUUGAGGCACCGCUGCAGUUUUUGGAUGCCGAUACUCUAUUAGAGACCGGUUCCAUAGACAAAGACGCUCUUCCUCAUCAUAGCGCAGUAGUGCUUCAGGAAGAAAUAAUACGAAACUACAUUCAAUAUCUCACCCAGCAUGUAGCACAUAGCGAUCUGCGUGCAAGCGAUGCAGCUCGCAGAGCUAUUCGCCAUCUACUCUGUUUUUUCUCCGGUCUUUCAGGAGCAAAGAGUUGGAGAAGUAGUCUUAGUAAGUCAAUGGAAAGAAAAGAAGAACCAGGGUACGCGGUGGAACAGGCGCUCGCCUUGCUAAAGCGUAACAAGAAGAGCGGUGAAUAA